UCCCAAAACUGGCCUGGUCCCCAACCACAACCACCCCAACCAGCCCAUCCCUGCCAGCCAUGCUGGCCUGGACCCCACCCCCAGCCUCAGACUGCACCCCAGCAUUUUCAACCUCAAGGCCCAGCUCUGAUUCAAGCCCAGGCCCAGGGCCCCAGCCAGCCUAGUGUCCCAGGGUGGCCAGUCCCAGGCCUUGACCCAGGGUCUGGAUGGCCAUUAGGCCCUGGUCAGGACCCAAGUGGCUUCACACCUGCUCCACAGUGGAAUCCGACACCAGCUGUACUGGUGAGAGACAAGGAGGGAGGGAAGGAUGUUUCUUCAGUGGAUGGAAGGAGGAAAUUUGCAAUAAAUUGUGUUGGUGUGAAGAUAGUGCCAUAUCCUAAAUGUCUGUGUGUUGUGUUGGUGUAUAGAAUGUGCCCUACAACCUGAACCUGCAAAGAGGCAUCUACGACAAGAUGAUGAUCACCAUCAUGGGCCAGGUCAAACCAAAUGCUAAGCAGUGAGUUCAUCAAUUACCAUAGUCUACUACGGCCUUUGUUGUUUACUGGGAUUAAUAAGAUCCCUGAGAGACCCAGUGGAAGCAUUGGACGCUCUACACAUCACCAGUAUGUUACAUGAACAACUGUUAACAUACGUGUCAUUUUGUAAAGGUGAUUGUUCUGAACAUGUCAGCUGCCUUCAUCUGAUGACAGUGGCUUGUUUUCACUAUAAUAAUAAUAAUAUGCCAUUUAGCAGACGCUUUUAUCCAAAGCGACUUACAGUCAUGCAUGCAUACAUUUUUGUGUAUGGGUGGUCCCGGGGCUCGAACCCACUACCUUGGCGUUUCAAGCGCCGUGCUCUACCAGUUGAGCUACAGAGGACCACACUAUCUAAUGUCUUGACCAAUCUGAUCAAUUAAACAUCCCUUUUGAUUAGUUUUUUUGGUCGUAUCCCCUCCAGGUUCACAGUCAACUUUCUACGAGGUAACGACAUCGCCUUCCACCUCAACUCUCGGUUCAAUGAGGGGGGCAAGCAGGCAGUGGUGAGGAACACCAAGGUGGGAGAGCACUGGGGGAAGGAGGAGAGGCACACACAAGGAAGCUUCCCCUUCAUGGCAGGACAGUCCUUCGAGGUCAGUGGGAAUAUUCAUUACAGCAGUGCAACUGUAGCCCAUACUGUACUGCCUAUUAAAUUAGAUGCACUGGUGGUCAAUGGCACCUUAAUUGGGGAGAACGGCUCAUAGUAAUGAAUGGAACAGAGUAAAUGGAACACAUCAAACACUUGGUUUUCAUGUGUUUGACGCCAUUCCAUUAGCUCCAUUCCAGCCAUUAUAAUGAGCCGUCCUCCCCUCAGCAGCCUCCUGUGUUAAGAUGGUACAAUGAGUCUCUACACUAUACUUGCUUGUUUUGUCACAUAAACUGAAAUGAGAACUAUUAGAAUUUUAGCAACCAGGAAAUGGCGGAGUGAUUUCUGCAUAGUGCAUCUUUAAGAGUGUUUGUCUUUCCUUUCAGAUGAAGAUUCUGGUUACGUCUGGGGAGUUUAAGGUGGCUGUGAACGGAGCUCAGCUGUUUGAGUUUAAACACCGCGUCAAAGAACUCAACCAGAUCGAUCGCAUCAACAUCCUCUAUGAUGUCAUCCUCACCUCCAUCAACGUAGACACAAUACCAUGA